CCGUUGUCACUUUAUUAUUACUUCACUUGAGAGCUCUUCUAAGAUUCACAGAUCUCUCGUUCUUUCCGACUUCCAAAACUCUCUUCAGAUUUCCCACCUUUACCUUUACCUUACGAAACCCUAAUCCCCAAAUCAGCAUUUUCUUCAAAGUUUCAAUCUUUAUUGAGAAGAGAGUUUCAUCGUUGUAGUAUGUAGCUAGAUCUCGAAGAACUUGCCUAUGGUUCGAUCAACUGGGUAAACAAACAAACAAAAAAAUGGAUCUUUUGCUGAUACAGAGACGUGAAUCAAGAAGGGUCUGGUUUGGAUUACAAAAUUCGAUAGUUCUCCUCGUGGGUGGAAACCAUACCUCCUCCAGGUUUUGCACUCGCUAAAUCUCUUCUUCUUCUCCUCUUCUCCCCCUCAAAAACUGGUUUCUUAAAAAUCGUCUCUUGAAUUCCUACAAAAUUCAAACUCUUCGGAUCUUGUUUUUUUUUUAACUACUCGGAUCUUUAUGGGCGUUGGAGUGCUGAAGCUGAAACUGAUGCCUAGCUCAUUCCGUCGGCGCGUUAUCUUACGCGCCCUCGUGAUCGUCUGCGCUUUCUCUGUUGUAUCUGUUUUACGAUUCCUCGGCGGUGAGAAUGAUAAUAACAACGUUAAUACUCAGCCGUGUAAGGUUGAUGAGUGCGCCGUGAACUUCGCGUUUCUUGGUCCGUUCCUCUUCAAAGGCAACGGAUUGUUAUCAAACAGGUUCCUUAAACCUGUUUUGAACUAUUUGGAGUCAGAGAAAUGUAAGGAAAACAUUGAUUUGACUACUCAAGUUGUUAAAGAGCUUACUGGUAUGAAUCUUCUGAGUAAUGAUUCUAAAGCUCUCUGUAUUGGUCGGAGAUCGAUUUCAGCUGUUCUUGCGAUGAAUCGACAAGGUAUCUCUGAUGCUAGUGUGGCUUACAUGUCACCACCUGUUUUCGCUUUCAAGCAUAGGAAGUUCACAAGUGAGCUACGUUACGAGGAUGCAUCUUUUGGCUUUGUGUUUUCUAUGGAUCUUGAGACAGUUACUGUCCCUGCUUCGCUUGUUUAUGAGAUCGAGCGUAUACUUAAACGUGGUGGAACCGGGGCUAUGCUUGUUGGUACUACUAGUGGAUCUGACUCAAACGGGUUGGUCAGAUUGGUUUCCCCUGUUUCUUCUUUGCUGAAGAACUCGAGUGUGGUUCAUGUUGCUUCAUUGGGUGAACAGGUUUUGGUUGUAUUCAAGAAAGAUGGUGAAGAUAGUUUCCGCUUGGAUCAAACUCAUCAUCAUGACCUUCCCGCUGAGUGCUCCUCUGUUCUCAGCAACCGACCGUACAUUGGACUAUUGGAGCCUCUUCUAGACGAAAAGCGUUUGGAUUUCGAGAGACGUAUUCAUUACUUGCCUGAGUUCAUUGAUCUCUCUUCUAGGAAGAGGUUGGUUUAUAUUGAUGUUGGUGCAGCUGAUCAUCUUAAAGCCAGAUCAGAUUGGUUCUUCCCAUCAUACCCUAUCGAUAGGAAAGCUUUUAAUAGCUAUUUUGUGCAUCACAACACAUCUAUCUUGACUUCUUAUGUCAAAAGCCCUGGCGUAACCUUCAUCUAUCAUCCGGGACUCGUAGCAACUAAAGAAACAGUAGCCGGUCAUGCAGAUCAAGAAGAAGAACCUUUUGUGGAAGAUGAUAGCUUUGAUUUUCUAGCAUGGUUCAAUGAAACAGCAAGCUACGCUGAUUUUGUGGUUCUGAAGAUGAACACAAGCGAUGCUGAGCUGAAGUUUCUCUCAGAGCUGAUAAAGACAGGAGCGAUCUGCUCAGUUGAUGAAUUGGUUCUUAACUGCACAGGGUACAGCGACUGCAGUGGUAUCUUUAAAAGCCUCAGGAACAGUGGCGUCUUUGUCCAUCAAUGGUGGGAAGACUAAUAAGCUCAAUAGAUGGAGCUUUAUAAACUAAAAAUUAUGUUCUUUGGUAAGUUGGUGAUGUUAUGUUUUUUUACUGUUGAUAUAAUCUUUGCUCAUGUAUAGAGCAAAGCCACAGAAGUUUGCUCCAGCGACCCAGCACUUCUGUGGUUCUACCUAAAUAAGUUGUCGUCUGUAUGAACUUUGUUUUGUGUAUGUUUCAAUGAAGUUUCUUGAGUUGCGUUUGUUUCUA